UGGAGCAGUACUGCCAGAACUGGAGCAGUAACGAUGUCCGGAAGAGGAAAAGGCGGCAAAGGUCUUGGAAAAGGAGGCGCUAAGCGUCAUCGCAAAGUUCUCCGUGAUAACAUCCAGGGUAUUACUAAACCCGCCAUCCGCCGUUUGGCUCGUCGUGGCGGUGUGAAGCGUAUUUCCGGCUUGAUCUACGAGGAGACCCGCGGUGUGCUCAAGGUUUUCCUUGAGAACGUCAUCCGUGAUGCCGUCACCUACACCGAGCACGCCAAGAGAAAGACCGUCACCGCAAUGGACGUGGUGUACGCUCUGAAACGCCAGGGACGCACCCUGUACGGAUUCGGGGGUUAA